CGAAUCUCAAACGACCAAUAACUAAGAUCGAGAAAAAAAAAAGAUUUAAAACAAAAUUGGAAGAAACGAAAAAUGACGUUAAUAAGCACAGCGACACUGGCCGUGAAAGCUGCCACUCUUCUCCUCGGAAAAUUGGCCAUAAUACCGAUCAUCAUAGCGGCCCUCGCUUAUUACAAUUACGAUCUAAUGGAUCCUGAGAAUCAACCGAAGGUUGCCAAGAACUUAAGAAGGGAGUACGACUUCGUGGUGGUGGGUGGUGGCUCGGCCGGAAGCGUGGUGGUGAACAGGCUCACCGAGAAUCCGGGAUGGAGCGUGCUGUUGUUGGAGGCUGGAGGCCACGAAACCGAGAUAACCGACGUCCCUAUACUGUCCCUCUACUUGCACAAGAGCAAACUGGAUUGGAAAUAUAGGACGCAGCCGCAGGACUCGGCUUGCCAGGCGAUGGUUGACCGACGGUGCUGUUGGACCAGAGGGAAGGUUUUGGGAGGCUCGAGUGUGCUGAACACAAUGCUUUACAUUCGAGGGAAUCGACGAGAUUUCGACCAAUGGGAAAGCUUCGGCAAUCCUGGUUGGGGCUACGACGAUAUACUUCAUUAUUUCAAAAAAUCUCAAGACCAAAGGAAUCCCUAUUUAGCUCGUAACACUAAAUAUCACAACACAGGAGGAUACUUGACGGUGCAAGAAUCUCCCUACAACACGCCGUUGGGUAUAGCGUUCCUCCAAGCGGGCGAGGAGAUGGGCUACGAUAUAGUCGACAUAAACGGGGAGCAGCAGACAGGUUUCGCCCUCUACCAGUACACUAUGAGGCGGGGGACGAGGUGCAGCGCGGCGAAAGCGUUCAUCAGGCCUAUCCAGCUUCGGCCCAAUUUCGACCUCUCUUUGUGGAGUCACGUGACCAAGAUCCUGAUAGAUCCGCGCACGAAACGGGCUUACGGCGUCGAGUUCAUCAGGGAGGGCAGGAGAGAGGUGGUGCGCGCGAGGAAGGAGGUGAUAUUAUCGGCCGGGGCGAUAAACUCGCCCCAACUGUUGAUGCUGUCCGGGAUCGGGCCGAGGCGCCACCUCGAGGAGAUCGGGAUCCCCGUGAUCCACGACUCGCCGGGCGUUGGCCAAAAUCUCCAGGACCACAUAGCCGUGGGCGGCCUCAUCUUCCCCAUAGACUAUCCGAUCAGCAUCAUGCUCGACCGUGUGGUGAACCUGAAUUCGGCGCUCAGAUACGCGAUCACCGAGGACGGGCCGCUGACCGCGAACGUGGGCCUCGAGACGGUCGGUUUCAUCUCGACCAAGUACGCGAAUCGAAGCGACGACUGGCCGGACAUCGAGUUCAUGCUCACCUCGUCCUCGGUCAACUCGGAUGGCGGCACCCACGUGAAGAACGCGCACGGGUUGACGGACGAGUUCUACAACGAGGUGUUCGAGAGCGUGAACAGGCGCGACGUGUUCAGCGUGUUCCCCAUGCUGCUCAGGCCCCAUUCGCGCGGCUUCGUCAAGCUGAAGUCGAGCAAUCCCCUCGACUAUCCUCUCAUGUAUCACAACUACCUUACCGACCCACGCGACGUCGACGUGUUGAGGGAGGGAGUGAAAGCGGCCGUCGCGUUCGGCGAGACGAGCAGCAUGAAGAGGUUCGGCGCGAGAUUCCACAGUAAACCCCUGCCCAAUUGCAAGCGGAUACCGUUGUUCACGGACGAGUAUUGGAACUGUGCCAUUCGCCAAUACACGAUGACCAUUUACCAUAUGAGCUGCACGGCUAAGAUGGGGCCACCGACCGAUCCCACGGCCGUCGUCGAUCCCGAGCUCAGGGUGUACGGGGUGAAGGGGUUGAGGGUGAUCGACGCGUCCAUCAUGCCCACGAUCACCAGCGGAAAUAUAAACGCGCCUGUGAUAAUGAUCGGCGAGAAGGGGGCCGAUUUGGUCAAGAAGCACUGGUACAGAAGGAGCAGGGCUAACGAAACGGGUAACGCCAUCUACUAGUUCACCGAAUUGUGG